UGUUCCACUUUGAUUACUUGAAGAACUUAAUGUUUCAAACAAAAGUCUUUUCCAAAGUAAUACACAAUAGUAAAAAGAGCAUUGUGUAGUCGCAUUGUUUCAGCGUACUCAGCUAUCAUAACUACUGCAGAUAAUAUGGGAAAUAAUGAAUGGUAAAUCUCCGGAUAACUGGCCUCUUUGAAUUAAUCCUUGCUUCGUCGCUAGGCGCAUUCGUUCAGGCAGGCGAAACAGCUAAAUUUGUCCCAAGGUUUUUUGAAACCGUAUAUUCAGAGGCAGAGCGAUAUAACCUUGACUUCAACCGAGCGUUCAUUUUUAUAAGUAGCCUUGUAUAAACAGUGAAACAGUGUUAGUUGAUGAUAUAUUAUCAUCAGUUUCAUACAAACGUUAUCGUCGUUUCCUGAAAAACUUUUUCGAAAGUGUAGGUGCUCAAAUUUGACGUUAAGUAUUGCUCAGUAUGAAGACCAAUUUCUGAUAGGCAUAUUCAGUAUUACCAUCUGCAAACGGCAAGUCAAUGACAGAUUGUGAAUGUCAAGUGAUCGAGUUAACCAGUUCAACAGCACAGUUACUCAGCGUGUGAGGAAGAAAGAUAGAAGUAUUAAUUACGGAAGAACCUUGGAACCUAGCAAGCAGUUGUAUGGUGAUGUGCAUGAGAGUGUACAAGUGUUAGUGAAACCGUGUUCUUCAGUUUACGUUUUCGCACUUCAAACACACACACACAAACACCUUUGAAUGGUGUUUAACAAUUGUAUACAUAUUUACUUGGUCAAACUACUGCAUGUAUUGUUUCACACUGUUAUAACAAGCUAGACCGCGUACAGUGCAAGAUAAACGCAGAUGUACUUGAAAUGUUAACGAAAAUGUUAUGAUAGACUCUGGAAACUUAACGCAACCAUGAAUUAUGUUUUAUCGCUCCAGAAACGUCAACGUCAUUGAUAGGGCCUUGGAUAACCACUGAAGUAUUUGUGCGUGGACAUGUUUUGAUAUACUCUGAGCAAUGACAAGUUGUCCAUAAAUUUGAUGUGUUACUAGAAGUGUUCAUACUUGCAGAACAUCAAGAGAUACAAUAUUGAUACGAUACGAAAUAAUUGUAGUUUCGAUCGGUUUCAACAGGUUGCAAGCGUAGAAGAACGGAAACCUCACCUAAGGUUGUCCCAGGGUGCUGCAACCUCUUGUGUACAGCGUGUUUCUAUCCGGAUAAAAGGCAGCAACCGUACAGGAAAAGAGAAAGGAGAGAAGAUUUGGAAAUUGUUUUCAUGAAAGUGAAGGCAGAGUGUAACGAAGCGAAAAAAGUUUAUUCAAAAUAGAAGUGAAAUUUAAUUAACCAACCAUCACUGCUUGGUAAGAAAAUAUUGAAAGGUUAAAGCGAGCAAAAACAAAAAAAAAACUCAAAUAUACAAAUACAUUGGAAAACAGACCUUCGCUGCUGUGCACUUAAGUGGCACAUACAAGCAAAUGACUCAAGAGCAAGUAAAUUUAAGAGGCAUGCUGAUGGGUAAAAGUCACGUCUGCUGAAGCUUGUGAACUACAAAAUAAAACACGUCUGUACAGUUCAAAAAAACAAAGCAACGAUAAUCUUGUUUGUGUUUGCUUGCAGUUUUGUAAGCAAAUCCUAGUUCAUUUGCAAAAGCUCCAAAUUGCUACUCUGCGGAUUCACGUGUACUAGCACAUAAGGAGUGGCAUCCCUCGUGACAUUUUUUCGCUGCAAUUUCGCGUAUCAACUAAAUUAGCCACCGUGGAUACCAUAGCGUUACCUGGCGGAUUGUCUCAUGUCAGGAUGGCCCUAGCGAGAUUGCCGGUAGUGAGUGACUGUCCGGCAGGACAGACGGCUAGGGUCACCUCCAACCUGCACUCUUCCAGUAGCACAAUGGCAGUCAGUAGAGUGCCGUCACCUCCACUACCAGAGGUUAACACACCGGUUGCGGAAAACUGGUGUUAUACUCAGGUCAAAGUCGUUAAGUUCAGUUACAUGUGGACCAUCAACAAUUUCAGCUUCUGUCGGGAAGAAAUGGGCGAAGUGCUAAAAUCCUCCACAUUCUCCGCCGGUGCUAACGACAAACUCAAAUGGUGUUUGCGCGUUAAUCCCAAAGGUCUGGACGAGGAAAGUAAAGACUACCUGUCCCUCUACCUGCUACUCGUAUCCUGCAACAAAUCAGAAGUGCGAGCUAAAUUCAAGUUUUCGAUAUUGAACGCAAAACGGGAAGAAACAAAAGCGAUGGAAUCCCAGCGGGCGUACCGGUUCGUGCAGGGCAAAGACUGGGGCUUCAAAAAGUUCAUCCGGCGAGAUUUUUUGCUGGACGAAGCGAACGGUUUGCUGCCCGAGGACAAGCUGACGAUAUUCUGCGAGGUAAUUUGUGAAUAUCAUCCUGGUGACAUUUAUUUUCAUUUAUGUUUUCGUCUUGACCUACAGGUUAGUGUAGUCGCGGACAGCGUCAAUAUUUCCGGUCAGAGUAAUAUUAUACAAUUCAAAGUGCCAGAAUGUAAACUAUCAGAGGAUCUGGGGAUUCUGUUCGACAAUGAAAAGUUUAGCGACGUGACGUUAGCAGUGGGUGGACGGGAGUUCCAGGCACACAAAGCAAUCCUAGCGGCUCGCAGUCCUGUGUUUGCGGCGAUGUUUGAGCAUGAAAUGGAGGAGCGUAAACAGAACCGCGUGGCAAUCACUGACGUUGACCACGAAGUAUUAAAGGAGAUGCUUCGGUUUAUCUAUACCGGCAAGGCACCCAAUCUGGAUAAAAUGGCGGACGAUCUAUUGGCGGCGGCCGACAAAUACGCUCUCGAGAAACUGAAAGUGAUGUGUGAAGAAGCACUCUGUGUUAAUCUAUCGGUGGAAACAGCCGCGGAAACGUUGAUUCUUGCCGACCUGCAUAGCGCCGAUCAGCUGAAAGCGCAAACGAUAGACUUUAUCAACACCCAUGCGACGGACGUGAUGGAUACCGUUGGCUGGAAGAACAUGGUGACAACACACCCACACCUAAUAAACGAAGCAUUUCGUGCUCUAGCAACGCAGCAGAUACCACCGAUCGGCCCACCCCGCAAGCGGGUCAAAAUGAGCUGA